CUUGUCAUUUUGUCAUCUUAAUAACAAACUCAAAACUGUCUCAAGUGUAAUCAAUAGUUAAGACUUAAGUUUUACAUUAAAAUAUUUUUAACUAAUUCGAGUUAAAUCUCAAUCCUUAAAUAUGGAUACAAUUAUUGAUAGAGGAGCACCAAAAGCUCGUAACUUUGAACCAUAUGCAAGUAAUGGAGGUUCAAUUGUUGCCAUUAGUGGUAAGGAUUUUGCAAUUGUUGCUUCUGAUACUCGUCUUAGUGAAGGCUAUAUGAUCUAUACACGUAAACAAUCAAAGUUAUUCCAAUUGUCUGACAAGUCAGUUCUUGGGUGCACAGGGUGUUGGUGUGACACAUUAUCAUUGACCAAUAUUAUUCAGUCUCAAUUGAAGUCAUAUUUGUACGAUCACAACACAAUAAUGCAGCCUAAUUCUAUUGCUCAAUUGCUGUCUACUUUGCUGUACAGCAGACGUUUUUUCCCAUAUUACGUGUACAAUGUACUUGCUGGACUCGAUAAUAAUGGUGAAGGUUGUUUAUACAGUUAUGAUCCUGUAGGCCAUUGUGAAAAAGUGAAUUAUACUGCUGGUGGCAGUUCUGGUGUUCUCAUGCAACCUUUUUUGGAUAGUUGGUUGGGAAAACGGACUGCUGAUAACCCUGUUACUGAAGAAGAAGCAUUGAGCUUGGUUAAGGAUGCAUUUACUGCAGCAGGAGAGCGUGAUAUAUACACUGGAGAUGAAGUAGUGUAUAACAUAAUUAAAAAAGAUGGAAUUCAGACAGGUGUGGUUCAGCUUCGUAAAGAUUAAAUUUUUGAUUAUAUAAAAAUACUACAGUUAUAAUAUUUUUUUUUUUUAUAUUUAAAAUUUAAAUACAAUCAUACAAUAUAAUAAAUUAUAUUUUAAUUAAUUAAAUUUAUUAUAUUGUAUUUAAUGGAAUAAUAAAAUAAUUUGGCAACAAAAAAAA